GCUUCUUCCACUUUUUUUUUGCUCACUCAGUGCUCUGGCUUAUAAGAUAAUCGUUCGCUGAAUAUGGGUUCUAUCGCAACUACUCUUGAAUUCCUGCUCGAUCUACCACUUUACAAGACAGAGGCGCCAUAUCAGGUUAUUCCAUCCCCUGACUAUCCAAAUAUCAACCCCGCACACUUGUCGAAUAUAAAGCUUCACAGCCGAGACGUUUUGAUACGGGAUCUGAGAGAAGAAGGCGAAAACUUCUCGCUCGACGUUGCUGGUUUUGAGAUUCUUCACGACGAACCCAAGAACCUAACGUUCGACAAGCUUCCAUCACUUGAAGCCUAUGGGAAAGAGACUGAGGCAUUGCUUUCGAAACAUUUUGGGGCAGUAUACGUCAAAUGCUGGAAUCAGACGCUUAGGAGAAGUGGGGGCUACGACUCUAAGACUGUGGAUAUCAAUGAUCCAAUGCUGGUACAGACCUUGCCCCGUGGUGUCCAUGAUAGCACAUUUGAGUCUUCACCACCUGUCAUUGAGUCAUAUUUGAGCGAGGAUGACAAAAGUCGAUACUUGAAACCUGGCUACCGUAUUCGAAUCGUAAAUACUUGGAGACCUCUCAAUGACAAAGUGGAAGACAGGCCACUAGCCAUGUGCGACUACCGUUCAGUAAACGGAAAUGCCUUGGUUGCGACAGAUCGCAUAUUUCCCCAUCAACGACAGCAGAACUAUCUGGUACAGCACAACAAGGAGCAACGUUUUUACUACCUCUCAAACCAAACACCAUCAGAGCUGACUCUGAUGGUAAUGUUUGACACUCAGGCAAAUGGCAAUGCAAGAUACUGCCCUCAUGCUUCGUUUCACAACCCACUUGCACCUCAGACAGCUGCUCGUCGCAGGAGCAUUGAAACUCGUUCCACGGUUAUAACUGAGGCUAAGUAGAUACUGGCGGUUUUCCUACAGAUAAUUUAUCUCCAUGCUUGGGAAGCAUUACAUGCGAGAUAUAUCAAUUUGAUUGGGGUCUGGUUCAGCUACGGCCAUGAGAUUAGUAUACGGGUUCAAUGAUUGCGCUUUACGUGAUAUUAGGUUGUUUUCAGAUUUCGUGGCUUCCUGUAUUAUAUAUGUAACAUAGAAGUUUGGUUUGGCAUAAAACUAGAC